AUGUCCAGCCGGACACGUCGCCCCGGCCAACCGGGAGGCGACACGUCGCCAUCCGUCGCCCCGCAGCCACUCCAGGAGCGCCACGUCGCCGCUGCCCGCGCCCACUUCGUCGGGGCCCGCGGGAGCCCAAAUCCGGCCCUCCCUGGGCUCGAGUCGGGCCGCCGCCCGCCCGCGCCCGCCGGGUCCCUCCGCCGCCUCGCGCCUCUGCUCCGUCGCCCGACGCCGGCCACCUCGCCGCCCGGCGCCCGCCUCGCCGCCACGCCUCGCCGGCGCUCCUCCCGCGCCAUGCGCCGCCGCCUCGCCGCGGAUCCAGUCAGGCCGGACCUGAUCCGGUCGGCCCCGAGCUUCUCCGGCCACCUCGAGCGCCUCCGGACCUCCUCGCUCCUCGCCAGAGUUCUUCCUAGACCAGAUACCCCACCACCACCAACCAAACACCGUCCCGCGACCCGGAUCCCUCCGCCCCGCUCGGUCUCGUCCCGCGUUGACUUUUCGCGAGGGUAA